CACCAGCAACAGAACUGCGGGCUGUGCGUUCCUGCAAAUCCGGCAGGCGGGCGGCGGCCUCGGCCGGGGGACAGGCGGCACCGCGGGGGGCGGCGGCCUCCCCCCCUGCUCGGUCCCGGCGGGGCGCUGCAGCGCAGGGAGGCGGCGGCGAGCGGGGCCGCCGGGCGCGAUGCCUGCCGCCGUGGUGGAGUACAAGGGCUGGAAGGAGGGCUACCGCUGCGGUUACUGCGCCUCGGAGCGCGGCAAGGUCUCCGCCGGUAUGUGGGCACAUUCAAUGACAGUUCAAGAUUACCAGGAUCUCAUAGACAGAGGAUGGCGAAGAAGUGGAAAAUACGUCUACAAACCUAUCAUGAAUCAAACAUGUUGUCCUCAAUACACGAUAAGGUGCCAGGCUUUGCAUUUUCAGACUUCCAAAUCUCACAAGAAAGUUCUGAAGAAAAUGCUGAAAUUUAUUUCUAAGGGAGAUGUUUCGAAAGCAGUGAGUGAAGAAGAGCCUAUGGAUUCCCAUAUAGAGGAUGUGGUCCCAUGCGAUUUUGCGUACAAAGGUGAAUCUCGUGUCAGUCAGUCUGAACUGACUCCCUUGAGUGUGGAUCACACAGAGAGGGCAGAGUAUGAAGAUGAGGACGCAGGAGAAACAAAAGAAGAGGUGAACGUGCAGAAGGUGGAAUCAGGUUUUCCUCAGAUAAGUGCAGAUAAAGAUACACCACUCCUUGGAGAACCAUCACGUUCAGCUAAAAUUGUUCCUGCACCACCGAAGCCAGGGAAAGGGGCUGAUCUGAGCAAGCCACCGUGUCGGAAAGCAAAGGACAUAAGGAAAGAAAGAAAACUGCAGAAACUCCUUCAGAACCAGAUGUGCACAAUUGAAGGCUCUCAGCUUCAAGCAGAUCAAGUUUUCCUCUUGCAAAACUCUAAAUCUAAAACAAACCAGCCUAAAACCAUUGAAGACUUCAUUUUUGUCUCUUUACCUGAUGAUGCACGACACAAGUUAGAGGUGAGGUUAGUACCUGUCUCCUUUGAGGAUCCCCAGUUCAAAUCAUCCUUCAACCAGUCAGCCACUUUAUUUGCCAAGUAUCAGAUGGCUAUACACAAGGAUACACCUUCUGACUGUGGCGAAAAUGAGUUCACACGAUUCCUCUGUGAUUCACCUCUGGAGGCAGAGGAUGCACCCAACGGACCAGACUGUGGCUAUGGUUCCUUCCACCAGCAGUACUGGCUGGAUGGGAAGAUAAUUGCUGUCGGUGUAAUUGAUAUACUGCCCUACUGCGUGUCAUCCGUCUAUCUGUACUAUGAUCCAGACUAUUCUUUCUUAUCUUUGGGAGUCUACUCUGCAUUACGAGAAAUUGCUUUUACUAGGGAACUUCACGAAAAAGCUCCUGAUCUCUCUUUUUAUUAUAUGGGUUUCUACAUUCAUUCAUGCCCCAAAAUGAGAUACAAGGGUCAGUACAGGCCUUCUGACUUGUUGUGUCCAGAGACGUAUGUCUGGACACCUAUUGAGCAAUGCCUGCCCUUGCUUGAGCACUCAAAGUACUGUCGAUUCAACCAGGACUUAAAAGCAGUUGAUGAAGGUCGCAUGAAGGAACUGGGCAGAGUGAGGGUACUUCACAAGAGAACCGUGAUGCCUUACAGUGUGUAUAAGAAAAGAAGGAAGGGGCCAAGCGAUGAAGCCAGCGUUCAGCAAUAUGCAAGUUUGGUUGGACAGACCUGUUCUGAAAGAAUGUUGUUGUUUAGAAGUUGAAAAAAAUCAUUAAAUGGCAUUUCAAUGGCGCUACGUUUUAUUGCACUGCCACUGGGUGAUAUGUACUAUAGUUGUGUGUCGGUAUGCCUACUCAAGUAGCAGUAUGAAAUACAGGUAUCUAUCUAGGCGUGUGUCAAUACAUGGUACUGUGUUUGAAGGCCAACUCCAAUAAAACUUACAAUACAGCAAGGCUUUAGCAAUAUACAUUUAGAAAAACAUGCUUGCAAUAUAUUUUAAUUAAGUAGUUCUAGUCUUUCUAUGCAUUUUGAAUAAUUCUAAGUAUCUAAGCAAAAUGAAAAACAGGUGUCUUUUUUUGUAGAGAAAAACGUUGACUAAAUCUAGAUAAACAAUAAUUAACUUAGAAAUGUUUUCAAAUAGCACCUUGGAUAUCUGUCGUUCAAAAUUGCCAUGACUUUUUUGCUCGCAUUUGUACGCUUCUAAACUCUUGCAAGAGAAUUGAAACGUGCUGUUGCUUUCUAAUGUGAAAUCUGGCAUGGUUUAAUUUUUUCAAUAGCAUAUUUAAAAACAGGAAGAAAUUAUUUUCACUGCACAUUCUUCAUUUGUUUAAAGCAGUAGGAUGGUGUCUGAGGUCCUAGUGAGUGCAGGAGUUCAUAGUCGAUUCUCAGUGGCAGGGGAUGCAAUGCUUUGGAAAACUUUCCCCUUUAGAGAUGAAACAGAAUAGUUGCACUAGAAAUAUACCAAAGAUAUGUAGCCAAGUGGCACAGUGUUUUUUUGGUAUAAGCCUUAUCCUUUGUCUAAAACGAUGGGUAUUUUAAUGCACAUCACUAAUGUGAAAUAGAGCUUGGAAGGUUUAUUCUAUAGCUCUUCGGUGCACAUUUCAGAACUAUGCUCAAAAAAAGACGUGAGGUACCACUGCUGGGUUUUGUUGUGAUUUUUUUCUCUGCCGAAUUUUUUGGGAAGACUUAAAUAUCACGUUCCUGAGUUUUUACUGACUGUUUUAUUUAUGGUGCAGUAGUUCACAGGUAACAUCUUUAAUAACAUUUUACUAAAUACUUCUGUUGGAAAUACAGGAAGUUGUGAUGCUUCAUGAAAGCACUUUAUUAUCUGAUAUAUGAAUGUUGUCAUUAGUAGUCUGUGUCCCUCUCAAGUCAUAUAAGUUACGGGAGUUUGGGGAAAUAACACUGUUAGGUAAUUCAGUAAUUUAUUACGACAUCGUAAGAAUACCGGUGCGUUUGUUUCUUAUCUUCUUGGAUAACGAGAGCUAGUAUUUACCUUGAAUCAACUUGAAGUUUCCUGUUAACCUUUGAAGAAAGAUUCUUAUUCAAGGAUACAUGUGUAGAUGUUUUCCCCUAGAAAGGAACCAAAUUCAGUCUUACUCUGAGGGUUACACCUCCUAUCAUUCAUGGGCUUGAUUUAAUUUUAAACACUUGGUCAACGUUAUUAAUCAUUGAUUUUUAUGUGGAACAGACGUAAGAAUUUGGGGAUUCAAGUGCAUUGCAGAUUUAACUUUUUUUUUCCCGUAUCUGUUUGAUCAUUGUAGUAUUAUUGAUACAGAGUACAGCUUCGACGAUAAUUUUGAAGAGUAAUUUUAUAUUUAAUAAAUUGGGAUGUAUAGUAUUGAACUACUCCCAGUCUACAACAAAAUUGAUUCUUUCUUGUCAGUGUUAUAUCUGGUAUGUGUUUAUCUGUUGCCUGGUACCAAGAAGUUUCUGUAUAGUGUACCAUCUAGUUUGUGUCCAUGUCUUAUCUAAACUUACUGCCAUGGGAGAACCACUAAAUACUUCUUAUAAACAUUAUUGUAAAAGAGUUCCUUUCUGUGGAGAAAAUACUCUUGCCACUCAGUGAAAUGUCAAAUAGUAUAACAUUUUCUGCCUGCACAAUGUGUUGAAAAGCAUCGAUGCCCAUAUGGCUUAAAACCAAAAUAAAUGAGAAAACCUUUUUAUAUGAUAUAAAAUGUUAAUGGGCACAGAGGAAUUGCAGUAUGACUUGCAAAAAUCUUAAAGAUUAUCAAAACCACUUAAUGACGGCCUCACUGUGCUCCUGGAGAAGUUAAAGUUUCUGUUAAAUUGCAAGGGGGCAGACUUCACGUCACCACUGAGAGUUCCUGAGGAGCUCCAUCUUUUUGUCCCACUAUUUGUUACCGAUACGCCUUCUAGAUACGCAUUAGGCUUUUUUUAUCUGAUGCUUUGUUUCUCUUGGGGAGCUUUUAAGAACUGCCGUUAAAGAAAAGCAAGAUAGGUAUAAAAUUAAAAAUUCAGUACAGCUUGAAGUUCUCGUUAGUGUGACCACUAAAGGUAAAUGGCCACAUCCUGUGAGUGCUGAGAUGGUGCUUUUGCUUUCUGACCUGCACUGAGCCGUAGCACCGCGGCGUGCUGGGCUUCUGACUCCUACUGGACUCAAGUAUAUUAAAAGAAAGGUCAACACUGAGAUUAACUCAUAAACUGAGUUCACCUGAUGUUGUACGCUGAGAUUUGACUGGCUGCUUUAGUGUAAUUUUAGAAGGAAAUCGGAGCAGUCGUUUUCAGGACUGAUACCUCUAUCCCUGGUUUAGGAGGGGAGUAGAGUCUGAGGAUGAAGUUCUGUAAAUGUUGCUAUUGACUUCAGUGGAGCUGAAAAUUCACCACUGUCACAAUUGUAUUUAAUAAGAGGUUGUCGUUGAGCGUUACUGAAUUUAGAGAUAAUUUAGUAGUUAGUUUGUGAGAGUUAAUCCCUAAAGUGAUGUUGCCUUGUUCUAUCUUCUGUUGAAAAAUAAGCAUAAAACGUAAGAAAGUGCAGAGCUGUGACCAGUGUUAAAAAAUACCAUUCUUUGUUUUAAUUGGGAAUACUCAUUUCCAGCAUCAACAUAUUUCAGUAAAUGCGAACAAACCCGCAUGUUGAGUUUGUAAUUGCUUUUCAGCAGGCCUGUUUGACUUGCAAGUAUAGAAAAUAAAGUUAUUUCUGGUCUCUGUGAAUUAAUAUAAAUAA